AUGGCUGCUGAAUUAGUACAAUUGCAACCUGGUCAACAAGUUGAUCAAUGGACAAUUGUUAAGAAACUUGGUGAAGGUGGUUUUGGAGCUGUUUAUAAAGUAACUAAUGGUUCAGGAGAAUAUGCUUUAAAAGUUGAAGGAUGUAAUGAACAAAUUCAAGUAUUAAAAAUGGAAGUUUAUGUACUUACAGAAGUUGGUAAAAGAAAUGGAAGGCAUUUUUGUAAAAUUGAAGAUAAAGGACGUAGCUCAAUGGGAUUUAAUUGGAUUUGUAUUACUUUAGUAGGAAAAUCAUUACAAGAUUUAAGAAAACUUGGACCUGGCCAACACUUAUCUAUGGGAUCAGCUAUUGGUGUUAGUAUUCAAGCUUUGGAAGCUCUUGAAGAUUUACAUGCAAUUGGUUAUCUUCAUCGUGAUGUUAAACCUGGUAACUAUACUAUAGGAAGACCUGAAUUAAAUGAACUUAGAAAAGUUUAUGUACUUGAUUUUGGUAUGGCACGUAAAUUUACUAAUGAUCAAGGUGUUAUUCGUAAACCACGUGCUGCAGCUGGUUUCCGUGGAACAGUACGUUAUGCACCAAUUUCUUGUCAUUUACAACGUGAACUUUGUAGAAAAGACGAUGUUGAAACAUGGAUUUAUAUGGCUGUAGAAUUGACAACAGGUAAUCUUCCGUGGAAAAAUACUCAAGAUAUGAAUCAAGUUGGUGAAUAUAAGAAACGUUGUCGUCAAGAACCUUAUAUCAAAGAACUUUUUGCUGGAUGUCCAAGAGAAUAUCUUGAAAUUUUACAAAUAACAGACAGUCUUAAAUAUUAUGAUGCACCAAAUUAUCAAGUUCUUUAUGGUUUAAUGAGAAGAGCUUUUAAUUCUAUGAAUUGUCAAGAAUUUCCAUAUGAUUGGGAAAAACCUGCUGGAUGCUACUAA